AUGGAACCAAAAUAUAUUCUUGCAAGUGAAAUGUGUCGAUUGGAAAAUUCAUCCAACCCUGACAAUCAAGGGGAAGCUACUAAAGUUGUUGACCAUGAUAUGAAAAACAUGCUGGGAGAAGAUUCACUGCUGGAACAUUUGGAGUCAGCGCCUGGAGGAGCUGCAGCCAUGUACAAUUCUGCUUUGGACAUGACGCUUAAGGCCCUCUUGAACAUGAAGGUUCUCAAAGAAGAUUUAAAGCACAAUGACCAACCAUAUCAAGAUGACCUGGGAGAACAAGUUCCAUGUGCGCUACAAAAUUUCUUUACUGCUUUUGUGUCAGAGGAGAUAAAAAAUGAGGGAAUCUACAGUGUCCUCUUGAGCGACUUGCUUGCUUCUCUAAAAGAAGUUAUUCCCAUGUCGAGUGAUGCUGCUGAGGUCCUUGUAGAGAUCCUUGAGUUUUGGCAGUGCUGGAAAAAUCCAGAAAGAGAAAGCUUGGUGACUCGGCUUUUUUCGUUGGAGGUUAAUGAAACAAUGAGCUGUAAAAAAUGCAGAAGGAAGUCAAAUUAUCCAGAGGAAAUCUCUUAUGGCAUUGUUAUGGCUGCAGAUUCAAUCAGAGACCAGAAGUGUGCUUUUGGGAAUAUGAAGUUUGUGGAUAUCCUUAACAUGAUUCGCAUGCAAUAUCAAAUGUUAUGUGACAUUAAAACAGGAGGCUGUGGAGAGACAAACAUUGUUGAUCACAUUAUAAGUAGUUGCCCACCUAUCUUCACAGUCGUGUUACAAUGGGAUAAGAGUGAAACUGAAAAAGAACUAUCUGAAACAACAAAGGCUUUGGACUGGGAGAUAGAUAUCAGCAGGCUUUACAGAGGCUUAGAACAAAACACUAACUACCGGCUUGUGUCAAUGGUUGGUUGUGGUGAGGAAGAAGAAGAACACAUUUGCUUAGCUUAUGAAAAGAUUCGGUGGGUCAAUCUCAGACGUGAGUCUUUCGAAGGAGAGGAUGUUGGUAGCUGGAAGAAUGUGGUCAAAUUUUGUGAAGAAAGGAAGGUUCGGCCAGUGAUUCUGUUUUAUGAAGCCGCCCCAUCUCGAUGGCCUAACAAGUGA